CAACUUUCCUCCCGAGAGUGCUGGCCGGCAGGAGUCAAGGAGGCAGCCGCCAGAGGCUGAGCUGCAACCCGCUGGGGGACCCUGCGGUCCUUCAGAGAGCCUCUCGGUCGAGGGUGGGGCUCCCGCGACCAGGGUCUAUGGUGGAUGGCUCUGGAGCUGCUCCUGAAGCUGUGUCAUCCCCCUACAAGUCAGAGGGUCACUGCAGAGGCUGCGGGGGCUGGGGCGAGGGAGCCCACUCUGGAGCCCCAUGUGGAACCCAAAGACACAGCCGCCCUGCUGAAAGCGAGGCGGCCCAUCCUUCGAGACCGUGACCUCAAGACGGUGGCGUUCGGCCCUCUACCUCCGACGGGGGCGGGGGCCACCCACCUCCAAGUCCCCAACUAUGACAACCUCGGCGCUCCGACGCCAGGUGAAGAACAUUGUCCACAACUACUCUGAGGCCGAGAUCAAGGUGCGUGAGGCCACCAGCAAUGACCCCUGGGGCCCACCCAGUUCACUCAUGUCAGAGAUUGCUGACCUGACCUUCAACACAGUGGCCUUUGCCGAGGUUAUGGGUAUGGUGUGGCGGCGGCUUAAUGACAGCGGCAAGAACUGGCGACAUGUAUACAAGGCUCUGACACUGUUGGACUACCUGCUCAAGACGGGCUCGGAGCGCGUGGCCCACCAGUGCCGUGAGAACCUCUACACCAUCCAGACUCUCAAGGACUUCCAGUAUAUUGACCGCGAUGGCAAGGACCAGGGUGUCAAUGUUCGUGAGAAGGUCAAACAGGUGAUGUCCCUUCUCAAAGACGAGGAGCGUCUGCGGCAAGAGCGAACCCAUGCUCUUAAGACCAAAGAGCGAAUGGCCCUGGAAGGCAUGGGUAUUGGCAGCGGGCAGCUGGGCUUCAGCCGCAGAUCUCGGGGUUCCCCCUCUUCUUACACGUCUGCAUCUUCGUCGCCGCGCUAUGCCUCAGACCUGGAGCAGGCACGGCCCCAGACUUCUGGAGAAGAAGAGCUCCAGUUGCAGCUGGCCCUGGCCAUGAGCCGUGAAGAGGCUGAGAAGCCAGUCCCCCCAGCCUCCCACAGGGACGAGGACCUGCAACUGCAGCUGGCUCUGAGCCUGAGCCGGCAAGAACAUGAGAAGGGGGUGAGAUCCUGGAAGGGAGAUGACUCUCCAGUGACCAAUGGCACAGAACCUGCUGGCCAACGUCGACGGGACAGAGAGCCCGAGAGAGAAGAGAGAAAAGAGGAGGAGAAGCUGAAAACUAGUCAGUCCUCCAUCCUGGACUUGGCUGACAUCUUCGCACCUGCCCCGGCCCUGCCUUCCACACACUGCUCUGCUGACCCAUGGGACAUCCCAGGUCUCAGGCCGAACACUGAGCCAAGUGGCUCCUCUUGGGGACCUUCUGCAGACCCCUGGUCUCCAGUUCCCUCUGGAAAUGCUCUGUCCCGAAGCCAGCCUUGGGAUUUGCUUCCUACUCUUUCUUCCUCUGAGCCCUGGGGCAGGACCCCAGUGCUGUCUUCUGGACCCCCCAUCGCAGACCCCUGGGCACCAAGCUCCCCUACCCGAAAACUCCCUGGCGCUGGAGCAGAUCCUUGGGGGGCCUCUGUGGAGACCUCUGACACCGCUGCUCUAGGUGGUGCCUCGCCCUUCGACCCAUUUGCCAAACCUCUAGAAUCCACAGAACCCAAGGAGAGCCAGGACAAUGCCCAGGCCCUGCCCACGGGGAAGUCCCCCAGCCCUGUGGAGCUAGACCCAUUUGGAGACCCCAGCCCCAGUUGCAAGCAAAAUGGCAUGAAGGAGCCUGAAGUCCUUGACCUGGGUGUGCUAGGAGAGGCGCUAACACAGCAGCCAGGAAAGGAAGUGCGCCCCUGCCGGACUCCUGAGUCCUUCCUGGGCCCCUCUGCUUCCUCUUUGGUCAACUUGGACUCACUAGUCAAGGCACCCAUGGCUGCGAGGACCCGGAACCCCUUCCUGACAGGUCUGGGUGCUCCGUCCCCCACUAACCCGUUUGGUGCGAGCGAACAGGGCAGGCCGACCCUGAACCAGAUGCGCACCGGCUCCCCUGCGCUGGGCCUGCCGCCGGGGGGACCCGUAGGGGCGCCCUUGGGCUCUAUGACCUACAGCGCCUCCCUGCCCCUCCCGCUCAGCAGCGUGCCGGUCGGCGCGACCCUCCCCGCCUCGGUCAGCGUCUUCCCGCAAGCGGGAGCCUUCGCCCCGCCGCCGGUGAGCCUGCCUCAGCCACUGCUACCCACGUCCGGCCCGAUGGGACCACUGCCCCCGCAGGCUGGCACGAAUCCCUUCCUCUGAGACGCUUCAGCGCCUGCGCGCGAGGCCCCGCCUCCUCGAGGGCGGAUCGUGCAGGUUGAACACUGAUCUGUGGACUCCUGACUUAUCCCAAAACAGAGCGAGGGACUGACCACAUCUUGGGGACAAAGACUACACCUGCCUAAUAAAGACUGGAAUCUACGUCCUCAGCUCUUACCAAGUGGACUUUUUGAGGGGUGUGGCAAGUGGAUCAGGACCACAGCUCCUAUUACCUGCUGAGGCGGAAACUCCUUGACAAUCUGUAUUCCCUCAUAGCCCUCUCAACUCCCAUUCCCCUCUCCUGCAGGCCUGGUGCCUCCCUUCCAUGCUCUCACUCAUUCAGGCAUUCGUCCAUCACACACAGGAUACUCCUAAAGUAAGUGGGACAGCAUCUGCUCAUUCUUUGAUGCGCUACGCACCGUAGGCAGAGAAUUUCACUUAAUCAUAUUGCAAGGAGUCUCGGCGUUACUUCAGACUUUGUAAGGCCCUACCUAAGCUGAAUAUGCAGUGCUCUCUAUCCAAAACUGGGUUAAGAAUUUCAAAACAGAGUUGAUGAACAUGGUGACACAUACGAGUAAUCCCAGCACUUAAUGGGGUGGAGGUAAGAGAAUCCUGAGUUCAAGGUCAGCCUGGGCUCAACUUUUUUUUUUUUUUUUUUAAGGAUAAGGCAGGAGAACAAUAAACUAAAGGUCCAGACCGUCCAAGUGAGGUAGCACGGGCCUUUCUUACUACUCCUGUUUAAUAGCCAACAGAGGCUUUCGAGAGGUACAGUGACAUGUUCUAAAUCACAAAGCUGGAGGAACAUGGGGCUAGGAUUCAAAGGCAGACGGUCUGGCUCCCCAGGGAGGGCCAGGUUUAAUUCAGCAGACACUGACUGCUAUCUUGAACAAAAUGCUGGGCUCACCCAGGAGGAACCCAGGAUGGCUGAACCCACACCUUCCAGGAGCUAGGAGGAGAGAAAGGUAGCAGACAAGCCAGUAGCAGUGGAUAUAGCUGCAGAAGAAUCAGGCACAAGAAACAUCUCAUGUCUGACUUAAUCAUCUUAAAUCCAACUCUGCCCCAGCCCCUUUCACCAGGGCUGAAGAGAGCCACCUUGACCAUCAGAGGUCUGGACCUCUGGAGGGUGCUGCAGGGUUUAGGAAACCAAACAUAGACGGGCACUUGGACUUCUGCCUUGAAAGUUACCAUGGUUACCCAUGUGUGUUCAGGACCCAGGGUCUGACCUGGCAGGCAGCCUGGAUCUGGCUUUGCUAUAACUAUAGUUAGGAGAGGUGGCCCAAUGUCACUGUCCUUCCUAGGUACAUGGGCAGGAGGGGUUCUGGUUGUAACCGAAGGCAGCCACAGGGCUGCUGCAGGUAGGCGGGACAAGGGCAGCUGCUUAGAAGCUGGCCCUGGCAAACUCUGCUCCAGGGCUGAACUUAAUGGUAAUCGCUUGGUAAUGAGUGGUUAGUCCUCUUGAGUAAAUGACUUCCCCUCUCUGUGA